UGACAUCUGGAGUACUACAGACAGUUUGACCACUGGUGGUAGGUAGGUGAGAGCUCUACGUAACUUGUGUGAGAAUGUCGAACCUCAGCAGAAUCCGUUUGGGAAAUUUUGGUGGUUCUACAGAGAGCAUUGAUCGACAUAAUAAUCUCUAUUAUUAUUGACAGAUGAGUUCGACUGAGUCAUAGGUGUGACUCAUUCAGUGUGAACGAUAACCGAUAAAAGCGACAGGUAAACGGGUGUGGCACAACAGCGUAAUGAGGUUUGUCGUUUAAAAAAUGUCGGAAACUUCAGAAAAGACGCCAGAGUGGUUGGUGUUGCUGGAAAACAAGAAGAAGAGGCACAAUCGGUUGGCUCAUGAAAUCGGCGCCGGUGCUCCAUGUCUUAGCUGCGGAGAUGCUUGUCCAGGGCUUGAUUUACAUUUCUGGAGGAAAUUAUGUCGCAAUUGCAAGUGCAAAAAGGAAGAACAUGAUGUGAAGGAUGAUGAAGGAUAUGAACAAUUUGAAAUACUACUUGGACCUGCUAGUAAGAAGAGGAAACGUGGUGCUUGUCUGAAUAUCAAAGUCCCAGGUGUCGACAAUGCAAAAACUGUUAAAAGUGCUGAAGUGGCAUUCGAUUGGGUCCCCCCAAAUGUUUCUGAUGAUGUGGCAGUGGAAUACAUGAAACAGCUGCCAACAGCAAAGUUGCCAAUCAGUGGUAGCGAUGGUGCCUUGUAUCGACGUCAACAACUUGAACGACAAGUACCAAUACAUGACUUGGAUGCCAGCCGUUGUCACAAUUUGACUCCACAGGAGGUGGAAGGGCUGAAGAAAUAUCUUGACAAUCUAAAGAGCAAUGUUGUUGGACAAGGACGUGUCACCAAGGUGCCAUUACUCCAUGCAGAUGUGAGGUGGGCAUCAGAAGCAUUUGGCCAAAAAUCUCUUCCAGCAUCGCACUCAGCAGAUUCCAUACGUGGCAUUCCACCAUCUGCCUUCUCUGCUCCUCGUCCAUUCCACCCAGCAGUGCCUCAUAUGCCAGCUGGCACAGAAGAUGACGAUUUUCCACCACCUCCCCCACCACUUCCUAACACCAUGCCACCAAAUCUGAAGAAACCAAGUAACUUUGCACCAAGUUGGAAGCCUUACCAUAAUCCUGAAUCCCAAACUUCAUAUUCAGAAGCUCUUCCAGGAAAACCAUAUACAUCAUCAGAAUUUGAAAGGGCUGGUCCAACAGAUCGUCUGUCACAGAAAGGUAAUAGCCAACAAUCGGCAAGUGUGGGUCGUCAGCAGUUUGGUACGUUGCCUGGUGAGAGUGUCUCAAGCUUGCCAGCAGAUGCCAGUGUAUCACAUACACUGCAUCCUGAAUCUCAUACUGCCUACUCAGAAGUUGUUCCAGGAAAACCUUCAUUUGCCUCAGCCGAGCAUCAUAGGUCUGGUUCAGGAGCAGAUCCUGUUUCACAGAGAGGUCAGCAACAAGGAGAUGUUGGGCAUCAACGGUAUGAUGUUGGGCAUCAACACUACGGACUAUUGCCUGAAAACACUGCUGCAACUUUGCCAGCAGAUGCCACGUUCGCUCACACAAUGCAUCCUGACUCCCACACUGUGUAUUCAGAAUCUGUCCCAGAAAAACAUUCAGCCCUAUCGCCUGAAUACCGCAGAACUGGUUUACGAGUAGUAGACCCUGUGUCUCCAAAACAGCAAAGUGAAUGGAUGGAAGGCAUGAGCACUAAACAUAGUGAAUCAGUUCCUGGAUAUAACGUAUUGAGCUCACCAGCUGGUGCAACUGUUUCACUUGCAACGCGUCCAAUGAUUAUGUCUGUUUCUACUAAUGUGCCAGGUGUCUCACCUGCAAUGAUAGCUACAUCUUUAUCUCAAAGUUGUGGAGCACCUGAAGGAUUUAAGAAUGAGUCUGUUCCUCACAAUAAAAAUACUGGUACAUUACGUGCUGGUGCAGUUGCUGGCUCAAGAUAUCCUAGUGGGCAGGAGUGCUACCAGAAUGCCUGUCCAGACAAACUGCCAUAUAAUGAGCCUGUAAAGCAAUGGGCAGGGAAAGAUAUCCCUCAAGAGGGAAAUUUGGGAUAUUCAAUGCAUCCAGCAGAAAAAGAAGACAUUUACAGUCAACAGCCAGGAGCACUUUUACAGUCUGAUACAGUGAAUAUUAAAAGCCCUGUCUCCAGAACUCAGUUAAGAAAUUCUGAAGGAACAAGCUCUUUAUUAGGCCAUAAACCACAUUAUAUGUCCCAUCCUGUGGAAAGCACAUCUAGUGAGCCAAUAGCUGCCAGAAAUGCUGGUUCAAGUCAUUGGGAAGUUGGAGUCAACAACUUGUCACCUGGGAAGACAGCUCCAACAAAGUAUAUUCCAGGUGAAUCACAUGAUGAUGCCCAUAGGCAACAGAAAGGGAGGUUUGCUGACACUGUUGGUACUGGGCAUGAUCCUUUUGGAAUGCCAGAAGCCCUUCCAGCCAAGACUUCCAUUUAUUCUUCAUUGGGUCCUCACGGAGAGACUGUUUUUUCUGAAGGUGUUCCUACUGAUGCACUGCCGAAGUCAGCUCUAGCAAUGCAGCAGCACAGACAUGAUGCGGAACUUGGAGAGUUGUCAAGUCACAUGGCAGAAAUGAAAACUGAUGAUACUCCAGCUGUGCAGCAGCCACAGUUUAAUUGCAAGGAGUGCAAAGGUGCAAUUCAGGCUGGUGACGUAGCUGUGUUCGCUGACCGAGCAGGACAAGAUGUAGCAUGGCACCCGUCCUGCUUUGUCUGCGCUACUUGCAAGGAGCUUCUGGUGGACCUCAUUUACUUCUUCAAUAAGGGACAAGUUUACUGUGGCCGUCAUUAUGCAGAGCUCCUGAAGAUUCCUCGAUGCUUUGCCUGUGAUGAACUGAUAUUUGUCAAUGAAUACACAAUGGCAGAGGGACAGGCUUUCCAUGUAAAACAUUUCUGUUGCUAUGAAUGUGACAUUCCCCUCGGAGGCAUGAAAUAUGUUCCAGUAGAUGGUCAACCAGUGUGUCUUGAUUGUUUCCAAGAAAAAUAUGGAAAGAGUUGUCAUGCAUGUGGAAAAAAAAUUGGUGCCAGUGACCAAAGAGUUAGUUGGAAUGAGCUUCACUGGCAUGUGUCAGGUGACUGUUUCAGUUGCUUCUCAUGCCAUAAAUCUCUUCUGGGAGGACGUUUUGCUGUGAAGAAAAAUCAGCCAUUUUGUAGCAAGGAGUGUGUUUUGGCAUCUGGUAUCUUAUAGAACUGUAUGAAAUGUAAUCAUAAUUAUGUAUUACAUUUGGGCAUAUUGGAUGUAGCUAAGGAGAAUACUUGGUAUAUGUGCCAUAUGUUAUUCAUUUAUUUUCCAUUCAACCAUAUCUUGGUUAUGAGAUUUAUAUUUAGGAAAUGUUUGACAUAUAAUUCAAGCAUUUGAAAAGAAGCAUAGUGCAUUUGGAGGCAUUUCUACAGUAGUAAAAAGAACAGAAUAAUGAGGUGAAUAACACAGUUUAUUCAUUUUGCUUUCUCUCUCUAAUAAUUUGUGGAUUUUAUUACUUGUGACAAAAUUGUAUUGUUUUAAGGAAGCAACAUUUAACUCAUUACAGUCUUAAGUGAUAAUGUCAUGAGUAUUCAGAGUAUUGUGUGUACAAUAAUAGGAGAAUGAGUUUCAUGUGUGAUGCAUUUGGUUUACAGUGUAGGUUUGACUUGUUUUCUCUUGAUAAGAAACAUUCAUAUGGUACUUUUCGUACUUAGUGUGAUGCCACCUAACACAGGUUUAGAUACGCUGCAUUUGAUAUGACCAGUGUGAACUCGUCCACAACAUUUUUCAGUGGCCUAAUUUGCUUCCUACUGUGUCCCUGUAAAACAGUCUUACUAAUCAUUGAAGAGAAAUAUAUGUUUUUAUAUCAACUUUACACUUAAUAUCUGCAUCUACAUGCUUAAAAGGUAUUUUUACAUGUUGUCUUAAAAGUGUCUUCUGCAGUGUACCGUGGCUGUGAAAAUUAAUUUUGAAGCCUAUGAAAUGACAGAUUUCUAUACUUUUUACAUACAUUUUAAUAUCACUGAUGUUUGUAACAAAGUGUUAGUGUAACUGUACGUAAUGAUUGUCAAUGGCCAUUGUAAUAUGUGAGCAUAUCUUAUGCAAAAUAUUAUGACGUGCCUUUUUUAUGCAGAAAACAGUCUGUUCAACAUAGUGCAGAAAUGAUGUUCAACAUAGUGCAGAAACGAUUUAUGUAGACUGUAAAAUUAGUGAGUUGAUAAUUGUGCUCAUACAUUCAUCUUAUGUUCUGUGGGUUGGGUUAUUGAUCAUUAGAUUCAUUUUUCAGUAUGGUAUUCCCCAGCCCGAUGUUUUGUAAAAGGUGAUAUGUUGAGGUAACUUUUUCAUGUAUUGUAGGUACAUGCAGCAGCUUUGCAGUAUUAUUUCUUAUUCCAGUCAUGCAUUCAUUUCUACUUGAAAUAUGGUGCCAUAGUAAUUAAAUGUAUUCAGAAACAGAAAUACUUUACAGGCUGUAAAUUUGAUGGCAUUUUUAGGGUAUUUCUUAAGGAAGAUCACAGUGUGCCUGGCCAAGAUAAUACUCUUUGUAAAGAUUAGAGAAAAUUUUACAUCAUUUACUGUUAAACAUUGUUGCUCUCAUAUCAUUUCAUUUGUGAUUGAAUAUUGGGAAUUACUGUGAAUGUUUUUGUGUUCACUUGUUUUAGCUAUUGUCAGUUGUCAAUCUCCUUCCUGUGAAUUAAGUUUUCAGAAGAUUUCACGAAUUCAGGAAAUAUAGUAUUAAAAAUCAAAAAGCAUAAUUCACUAAGAUUAAAGACUGUUAGUUACUUUAUAUAUAUAAGCCUAUAUUUUGCGUGAGGUUGUUCUACUGUAGACUGUUGUUCAAGAUAAACAAGAGUAAAUUUUAGAACUUUUAUAAGUGAUUAAUAUUUUGUAUGCAUUUUUAAGCAUUUCAGAUUUUAGAGUUUGUAUUUACAUUCCUAUUUUAUGUCACAGAUUAUUGAUAUACCCUU